CCCGCGGAUUGGGCGGCGGAGGCGGGGAAGGCGGUGCUCCAAGCUGUUUUGUCAGUUUCUCCAUUCGGGCUACAUUCCAUACUCGACCCCACCAUGUCUCUAAAUUCAGAACUUUCUUCUGUAGGACUCUUAUUGACAUCCUCCAUCCCUAGCUCUUCUCAGCAUGGAAACCAUUUCUCAAAUUCUGCAGGAUGUGCGUGAUUACUGGGCUGACCAUUUUUCUCAAAGAUUUCUACCCAGGCGGCCAACACUUCGCCAAACAACCUCUUUGUCCACUUACUAUCUGUUGGACUACAAAACCCGGCAAGCUGAACUAGGGAUGGAUUACGGCCCUCCAAGUACUCAGCUGAACAAAGCCAAGUUUGUCUUCCAGGGGGGUGCGUGGCAGGGUGAUGGUGUCCCUCCACAGAUGCCCUUACUACAGUUAUAUUCCUCCUCCUCUCAUCAUGAUAAGGAAUCACCUAACAAGGCCCUGAAGAAAGCAAACAAAGCUCUACUGGAAGAGAACAAUUACUUGAAGCUGCAGCUUGAGCUGCUAAUGGACAUGCUGACAGAGACCACAGCACGACUACACUCAGUAGAGAAAAAGCUGGACAUGACUUCAUGGCACCCAAAGAUUAAGAAGCCAAGCAAGGUGCUCAUGCUCCGGUCUUAAUAAACAUCUUGGACCCAAGACCAGAGAGAAUUGUAUUUCUGAAGAAGUUUGCCUUCCCAUGUCCAGACAUUAAAUAAAAUCUUGAAGAAAAUGA